AUGAAUAGCAACCAACUCCCAAAGAUAAUACCAAUUGUUCCAAUUAGAAACAAAGUCCUCCUUCCCGGCUUAGUUAUUCGUCUUCAAGUCGGACGUAAAGAUACCGUACAGCUGAUGCAAAAAAUAUAUAGAGCUGCCGACAACCGAGAGUCAAAGUACAUUGUUGGUUGCAUUCCCUUUAAACGACCUCUAGCUAAUGAAAUUGAUGACGUUACAGCAAAUAAAUCUAGCUCAAAGUUGCCUUUCAAUACUAUUUCUCCGUCGAAUGACACGAAUUCUACCACGAUUGCGCCUGAAAACAAACUUAUAAAUGAUUCUUCUCUCAAUCCUACUCAUCCUUCUGCUUUGCAUCAUUUUGGGUGCGCUGCUCGUAUAGUUCGGCUGGAAAAAACAGUUGGGGGAGGAUUCAUGGCUGUGGUCGAAGGCAUUGUUCGUAUACGAGUCGACUCUUAUGUAAAAUUGGAGCCAUAUUUGGAAGCUGAAGUUACUACAUUCCCAGAACCAGUUAUUGCAAAGGAUGAUCAAGAGUUACAGGAUCUUGCAAUCUCUCUGAAAUCGACUGGUCGUGAGCUACUAGCCAUGCUUCAAGAUCUUAAAUUGCCCACUCCGUUACUCACCCAGCUUCAAAAGUUUAUUGAUGGUGCAGCUGCUGGUUCAUUGGCUGAUUUAUUAAUUAGCACGUUGGAAUCAACGUAUGAAGAGAAGCUACAAAUUCUGGAUGCUGUAGAUCUAAAAACUAGAAUGUCACUAGCUAUUGACCUUUUGACGCGACAGAUUCACAUUCUUAAAAUAUCGCAAAAAAUUCAUUCAACAGUUGAAGGAAAGUUGAGCAAAAAACAAAAAGAAUUCUACCUUCGUCAGCAGAUGGCAGCCAUUAAAGAUGAACUAGGCGAACGAGACGAUUCUUCGUCUGAAGAUGAUGAUGUUGCUGACUUAGCUAAGCGACUUCAGGAAGCAGGACUUUCAGCUGAAGCUGAAAAAGCUGCACAACGAGAAUUAAAACGUCUAAAACGAAUGCAUCCAACCCAAGCAGAAUAUCAAGUUGUUCGUACCUACCUUGAAUGGCUAUCUGAAAUUCCAUGGAGCAAAACUACAUCAGAUACAUUAGACAUUGAAAAAGCGCGGCAACAAUUAGAAGACGAUCAUUAUGGACUUCAAACAGUCAAGAAACGUGUGUUAGAGUAUCUCGCUGUGCUUAAACUAAAAGAGGAUAUGAAAGGGCCAAUUUUAUGUUUAUUGGGUUCUCCUGGUGUAGGGAAAACCUCAUUAGGUAAAAGCAUUGCAAAUGCACUUGGCAGAAAGUUCCAUCGUAUUUCACUGGGUGGGGUAAGGGAUGAAGCUGAAAUUCGAGGACAUCGGCGCACUUACAUAGGUGCUAUGCCCGGAUUAAUUGCACAAGCCCUGAGACGAGUUGCUGUUAGCAAUCCCGUGAUUUUACUUGAUGAAAUCGAUAAAGUUGGGCAUCUUAGCAAUCACGGUGAUCCUUCAGCCGCUUUACUCGAAGUUCUUGAUCCCGAGCAAAAUAACACCUUUAAUGAUCAUUACCUAAAUGUUCCAUUAGAUUUAUCAAAAGUUCUUUUCAUAGCAACAGCAAACAAUGUAGAUAGUAUACCAGCACCUUUGCUAGAUCGUAUGGAACUUAUAUCAUUACCGGGUUACACAUUUGACGAAAAAAUAAAUAUAGCCCAACGACAUUUAUUACCAAAACAAACUGCCUCUCAUGGUCUCGGACCAGGUCAUGUAAAAAUUAACGAUGAAGUUAUGCUCAAGAUCGCAAGUGGAUAUACACGUGAAGCAGGCGUAAGAAGUUUGGAGCGGCAAAUUGCUGGUGUUUGUAGAUCUAAAGCGGUAGAAUACGCAGAUGCCAAGGAUAAAGGUGAAGUUGAGAAAUAUAGAGCCGAAAUAAACCUUGAAGAUUUAGAAAGGAUAUUAGGGGUAGAAAAAUAUGAAGACGAAGUAGCUGAACGUACAUCUAAGCCUGGCGUCGUAACUGGCCUCGCAUGGACUUCGUCUGGUUCAGGUG